AGAGUCAAGGACACUGACAAAGUGACAAGUGUAUAACCUGUUUCAACAAAGCUCUUCGCGCUCUUCUCAUCAGUCGUCAGUCAUCACCUUCUUUUGUUUCUUGCACAUAACACAAACGCCCCACUACUGUCUCUCCCCAUUCUGCCUACCAAUACUCUAAUUGUCCCAAAUUCCCAAGCACCCUCUUUUGUCUCUGUCAGUUUCUUCUAUACCUCACUCUAUUUCUUCACUAAUCACAUCUUUUCUGUCUUUUUUUCCUAGUUGUUUUAACCAGUUAGUAGAGUAAUUUAAUGGCCAAACUGAACCAAUUUUGCUUCUGAGAAACCGUCAAGAAAUUUCCCUUUCAUUUGCUAAUUGAUGCAGUUGUGAAAAGCUAGAAAAUUUACGUGUCCUUUUAAUUUAUUUUUGCACAAUUUUGUGAUUUGAGCAUCUGGGUUGUUUUGUUUUGGUAUUAAAGAUUAUGGGUGUUUGAUGCUUGAAAUUGAAAUGUGUUUAUCAUCAUAGGAAAUGGGGGGUUCUGCUGAAGAAACUGUUAUGGCUUUGCUGGAUUUCCUGGUUGAUCCUUUGCUGCCUUCCAGAUCAUCUAUGAGGGAGACUAUCUCUCCCUCCCAAGAAGAAUUGGUUGCUAAACAGGUGCAUGCAGUAGUGUUGCUGUACAAUUAUUACCACAGGAAACAACACCCUGGUCUGGCAUUUCUGGAAUUUAAAUCUUUCUGCAAGAUGGCUGUUGCUCUGAAACCAAAUCUGCAAUUACAUUUUGGAAUGACAAACCGUACUGAGCUGGAUGAUGUAGAGAAACAUUUGUCAUUGACUGAGAAAGCGAUCAUGAAUGCUUGCGAUACUUCCAAAAGUUUAGAUGCAUCAAAGGACAACCAGAUAGUUGAAAGUUGGCCGAUUACGAAAGUUGCUGUUUUCUUAGUUGAUUCCAGAAAAGAAAACUGCUAUUUGUUCCAUAGUUCCACCACACAAGGGGUAUGGUCAGUGAUCGAGAAAGAGGUUAAUGUUCCUAGUCAACGGUCAGAAACUGUAACAGAGGCCAAACUCGCAAACAAAAAGAAGCGAGUAAUUAAGAGGACACCAAAGGAGAUCACUGCUGAUGGAACCGGUCUUCAGCAGCUGGCAUCCUUAGCUGUCAAAGAAGCAUGUGGUAUUAGUCAGGGUGAUCUUAAAAUCUUGGAGAGCCACUUGGUAUAUUCCACAAGCCAAGCGAAGACUGCUGUUCGCUUAUAUAUAAUGCAGUGCACGCAGACCAACGAGGACGUCAAUCUGGUUCCAAUAAAUGAUGUCAUGGACAGCCUGCAAGGACCGUUGGUUAAAAAGGAUUCCUUCAGUUGGAUAACUACACCAGUUGUUGAAUAUUUCCAUUUGCUUCCGUACGCUGACAAAGUGUCACAUUGGCUUAUGAGGGGAACUUCCCGAAAUUCAUCACAUCAAUUUGUAGCAGCAAAGGAGGAUGGAAAUUGUAAUAGUUCUCACUUAAGGGCAGAACAACUAGCAGACCCUCCAAACCAUAUUGAAGCAGUUACGGAAAUUGAUAGUUGUAUUGCCUCUCAUUUAAAGGAGGAACCACUACUGAACAUUUCUGAACAAAACUGCACCAUCAUUCACGUAAAGGAGGAGCAAUUUCUGAAUGGUUCUGAACAAAAUUGCACCAUACAUCACAUAAAGGAGGAGCCACUCCCGAACAUUGCUGAUACUUUUGAAGCAACAGAAGAGGUUGGGAAUGGCAAUAUCUGUCACUUAAAAGUGGAUCCUGUUCCAAACUUCUCAAAAUAUUCUGAAACAGCUGAGGCAAAAAAUGUCAAUGGCUGUCACUUAGAGGAACCCCUUCAGUACAAGUCACAAGACCCUGAAGCAGAAAAGGAGGUGAAAAACAAUAGCUGUUCUCGCUGGAAAGAGCAACUGACUGAACCUGUAGUGUACAAAAAAAGAAAUAGAUCGCAAAAGAACAGCAAGUCUAAUGUACAUCCAGGUGGCAAAACGAGCAGUGCUGCAGAUUAUCCACAGGAGUACCAAGAGCAGCGAGCAGCAACUGUUACAUCUAAUGAUAUGGAUAUAGAUGAGGCCGUCACGACUUGCUCAUCAAUUGAUGGGAAAAGCAGUAUGCUGCCUUGGAAAGACCAUGUUCAUGAUCAGAAACUCAUGAUUUUAGCUCAGGAGAUUGAUCAAACAGCAUUGACUGGAGGUGCUUCUGUUGUGGCAGAGUUUCCUGUCACAAGUUCCAAUAAACGCAAUGUUGAAAAGCUUUUAUCUGAUAACAAGACGGAUGAUACUGCGAUGUCAGAUCAAGAUGAAAAACAAGAUCAUGCCCUUGUUUCUUUUGAUCCAAACCCUAAGCAUCUUCAUAAAAUUCAGCUUAUUAUUGCUUCAAAGGAGAAUAUGAUAUCAGAGACUGCACUGAAGGUUUUGUAUAGGAAGAGAGAGCAACUGUAUCAGCAGCUUCGCAAUAUUGGAGAUGAAAUUGCUUUGUGUGAUAGAAAGAUCGAGACUAUUAUAUGUGCAGGUGGUGAAGAUGAUUUAGCUGUGAAAUUAGACUCCAUUGUAGAGGGUUGUAACGAGUUGUGUCAGCCAACUGCUGUUGCUGGUGGAAACGAGAUAGCUCUGCCUUCUCAAGACCAUGAUAUACUUCCAGCAGUAAAAGGGACGAGACUGUCUGAGGCCAACUUGUGUAAGCGGAGUCCUUGUCAGGAGUUGGAUAGUAUAUGCAAUGAAAACAAUUGGAUGUUACCGACUUACAGCAUAUCAACAUCAGAAGGUGGAUUCGAGGCUAGCAUUACUGUGAAGGGGGUUGAUUUUGAGUGUUCAAGUGAAGGAACCAUAUGUACAACCCCUCAUGAGGCGAGGAACUCAGCUGCAUCAGAGGUUUUAGUUAAACUGCGGAGAAUGGCGGCUGAAUCGUAGCAGUUCAUCAAACCAAAGUUCAUCUGGUAGUAAGCUGGAAGCCUCAGCUGAAAUAUCGGUUUAGUAGCGGGGAGGGGAUCAUAGUGUAAAGCUCUGUAUAUCUAAGACUUUUAAACUGAGAUUAUUACUGCAGAUUCUGCUGAAUGUAAAAGUUCCAUAAUAUUGAUGCUUAGAUCAUGGCAAAUAAGUAAAAAAAUCUAAAUGUUAGGUUCCAGUAAAUCUUAUAUGCUUGUAUGAUGUGAUGAUAAGCAUAACAUUAGGAGAAUAUAUUAAUAAAGAAUGAUUGAGAAGCAUUUCUUACAAGUGAAAUUUGAACAUAAAUUUUGGACAA